CAUCAUUCUGGAUGGAAUGCCUGUAGCUCUUGCCAUGCUGAUCCGCUCGCUUCACGAAGCUUUCUUCUCCUGCCUUCCCUGCUCUCUGGUCGGAUAUACGUAGUUGAUACUGAAACGGACAGCAGGGCUCCAACUUUACAUAAAGUAAUCGAACCCAAUGAAAUAAUAGAGAAGACGGGACUGGCAUACCCCCACACUGCUCAUUGCCUUGCUUCUGGUGAUAUCAUGGUCUCAUUCCUUGGAGACAAAGAUGGAAAUGCUGAAGGAAGUGGAUUUCUUCUGCUAGAUUCAGAUUUUAAUUUGAAAGGAAGGUGGGAGAAAGCAGGGCACAGUCCUGGUUUUGGGUAUGAUUUUUGGUACCAACCUCGGCAUAAGAUCAUGAUCAGCUCAUCUCUAGGAGCCCCAGCUGCUUUCACUAAAGGUUUCAACCUUGACCAUGUUUCAGAAGGUCUUUAUGGGAGACAUUUGCAUGUUUACAGCUGGCCUGAGGGUGAGUUGAAACAAAUAUUGGAUCUCGGACAUACUGGUCUCACGCCUUUGGAGAUAAGAUUCUUGCACAACCCAGACGAGGAUAUUGGAUUCGUGGGGUGUGGUUUAGCAAGCAAUAUGGUAAGAUUUUUCAAGAAGCCUGAUGGGUCAUGGGGCCAUGAGGUUGCAAUAACAGUGAAGCCACUCAAGGUGCACAACUGGAUUCUUCCUGAGAUGCCUGCUCUCAUAACCGAUAUUUUGAUAUCUCUUGAUGAUCGUUUCCUCUACUUUUCCAACUGGUUUCAUGGUGAUGUUCGACAAUAUAAUAUUCAAGAUCCGGCAAAUCCUAUGCUAACUGGCCAAGUAUGGCUUGGAGGUUUAUGUCGAAAAGGAAGCCCUGUGGUUGCUGAGGCUGAAGAUGGUACGACGUUCCAGGUCGACAUACCAGACGUUCAGGGACAUCGAUUAAGAGGAGGACCUCAAAUGAUUCAACUGAGCUUGGACGGAAAGAGGCUUUAUGUUACGAAUUCUGUCUUCAGCGCAUGGGAUCGUCAAUUUUAUCCUGAGCUUGUGGAAAAAGGUGGCCAUAUGUUGCAGAUAGACGUUGAUACUGAGAAAGGUGGUCUUGCGAUCAACCCGAAUUUCGUUGUGGACUUUGGAGCUGAACCAGAUGGCCCCUCCUUGGUGCAUGAGAUGAGAUAUCCCGGUGGCGACUGCACUUCCGACAUCUGGAUUUAAGCUCUCUAAUCUCUCCAAAAACUAGUCGGCUAAUUGAACACUUCUUGCAGUGCAUGGAACGCAAAUGCAUCGUAUAAGUGUAAUUAGCUCAGUGCCACGAGAUGUUCCGGCUCCGUGACGAUUAGUAAUACGAAUUUGCACUCUAAUCUCA